AUGGCCAAUCCACAUGACUCGGCUCGACUGUUCGGUGGUCCGGGUCAGGCGCUCCCUCCGUCGUCACGGCGCCGGACGCUGGACCGGAAACUACAUUACGUCCCUUUUGCGCAAACAUUUGCCGGGACUGUGUGUGCAAGGAGUACAUGUUUAUGCGUCCGGAUGGACCAGACAACGUGUCAGUUGGCCAGCCCACUUUAUAUGAAUUCGCGAGUGGCCGACUUUGUGAGGGAAAGACAACCUUACUUUGGCAUCGGCGCAGAUGAGCUGGCGUCUGUCGCUCCUCCCUCCACUCGGCCCAACAGGAUAGACAGUCUGCGGUUGCUAUGCGGGACAGACUACUCGGCCAGAGGAUUGGUUGCCUCGGCAACACGUAAUCUAGCCUCGUUCGUGGGCUUCGUCCUCUUUUACUCGCAUUUGCCCUACUCUCGUGGCUUGAAGACUUUGCCUCAGUGA